CACUUUUUCAUUGGAACGUUGAUGCGCGCGCGUGUAGUAUGCGAUAGUCAGUUAUCUUAUACGUUUAUAUAGUCCCAUGAGGUGGGAAAGCGAGAUCAUUAAAACGUUGACUGCCAGAGUGUGACACACUACUCGUACGCAACACUCAAAAUGAAGUCUUACAAUUUCCGAUUAACUCUUCUUUUGAUCCUGAUAGUUGCUGUAGUACAUCUAACAACAGCUCAGGAAUAUUGUCCACCGGAAAAUUGUUUGCCUGAGGAAAAAUGCGAAAGUACGGUAAAAGGUGGAUCUUGUGACAAUGGCAAUAAAUGUUGCAGUAUAGUUAAAUCCGAAUACAAAACGCAUUGUAAUCAUUUUUAUGGAACUUGUAUGAACGCUUGCAACGACAAUCUUUGGGUAAAGGAAGCUAUCGAUUGUCCGAAAAAUAAACGGUGUUGUAUUUUAGUUUAAAUCUCAUACAUAAUAAGAAGAAACAAAUCUAAAAGAGAAACGAUCCCAUAGGCUUAUCUUUUUUUCAUCUGCCGAUCUGUAACAGGUCACUUGGAACGUAAUUAUACGAACACACACACAUAUAUGUAAUUAAAUAAUAAUACCUAAGGGAAAUUGAAAGUUUUCGUAAUUGGUUCGUACACAACAAACGCAUAACCAUUAUAACACAUACACAUAAACUGACACAUACACACAUAUGCACAUAUGUAUAUACACUUAAAGAAAGAAAUUCCGUGUUAAAUUCAGAGAGACGCGUGCCGUGUUCACGAUCGUGUGCCAAAAUGAAAGCGAGUCCGACUGGUUUUACAAUUAUAACGGGAUUUCGAUUUACAACGAGUCAUUUUUGCGUGACUCGUUCGUUUAAAUGGGUCUCUUCCAAAUCAACACGUUUUUUUUUCUUUCUCUCUCUUUUCUCCAACCAAUAUAUAUCUAUUAUUUUAUAUUUAUAUUUAAAUAAUAUCAUUGUUAGAGAUAAAAAUGUUUGUUAGAAGAAAAACAAAAUAAAAUGUUAAAUAAAUAACGUUAAUAAAA